CGAGGCCAGCUCAUCUGUCACUUCAAGGACAACGUUAACCGAAUGGGGUCUUUUCCAACCGUGGAGGAGAACUCAGAUUGUCUCACGGUCAUGUAACGUUAUUGUUACGGUAUCUAAUAUAAAACUUUUACCCCUAAUUUUUGCCUUGGUACCUCUGCGAUACCAAGAAGCAACAGCGGGCUCUGGCUUCAACUGUGAUGGACAGCAGAACGAGUACCAUCGCCGCCGGCGUGUGCGGUGCGCUAUUCCUGGGUUACUGUAUCUACUUCGACAGGAAACGAAGGAGUGACCCCAACUUCAGGCAAAAGCUUCGGGAACGGAGAAGACAACAGAAGACCUCCGGUGAUCAAGCAGGGCUGGCCAGGUUGCCCGACCUGAAAGAUGCCGAGGCCGUUCAGAAGUUCUUCUUGGAGGAGAUCCAGUUGGGAGAGGAGCUGCUGGCUCAGGGUAAGACCCGCCCCCCGUCCCUCCUCCUCUCACACCCUGUCCUAACUACAUGCGAGCGUCCGACUAUCGCAUUGCUCACUGCAAGUUAGGACAUUUCAAUAGAAGACAAAGCAGUCAAACUGAU